CUGGUACAGACCGUAUGUCAUGCCAGCCGCUUUCUAUUUUAUCAAGUUUUGGAUGAUGAUUUGGGCGUGCGAAACAGCGACGAAUCGAGCGAGAAAAAUGAGGACGACACUUUGGGAUGUUUUCAGUACUACAAACGAUCCAUUCGUGAAACGCGAGGUGGAGCUUUUUUCUCUGCAAAUAAUGCACACGACAAACAUAUUCACGGCAAAGACAUUCGAUAUGAAUUCAUCAUUUUUGGCAAAGAUCGUCGGAGGUAUCGUAAUGUACAUCUUGAUCCUGUUUCAAUUUUUAUUGAACUACGUUGUGUGCACUCUUCAGAUGUAAUGAAAGCGAGAUCUUUGAAGUGACGUGAUUCUGUAGGCGCAUGUGUUCUUUAUUGAUUCUUUGGCUGUCUUCUGUGAGACCAUACGCUGUUUACAUGCGCGGACACCUGUAAUGAUUCUGCAUUCGCUUGGUUAUUUAUAAAUGGUAAAGCGUGUGUAUAAGUGUGAUCACUAAAUGACGGGAUUUAAGCGAGCUCAGUAACUAC